CUAGCCACACACACACACAGCCGUCCCUCUCCUCCCAAACCCUAGCCACUCCCUCACACACACAGAGCUCCGCCGCCGCCAUGGGACGCGUCCGCACCAAGACCGUGAAGAAGUCCUCCCGGCAGGUGAUCGAGCGGUACUACUCGCGCAUGACCCUCGACUUCCACACCAACAAGAAGGUCCUGGAGGAAGUCGCCAUCAUCCCGUCGAAGCGCCUCCGCAACAAGAUCGCCGGAUUCUCGACCCAUCUCAUGAAGCGCAUCCAGAAGGGCCCCGUCCGCGGCAUCUCCCUCAAGCUCCAGGAGGAGGAGCGCGAGCGCCGCAUGGACUUCGUCCCCGACGAGUCCGCCAUCAAGACCGACGAGAUCGCCGUCGACAAGGAGACCCUCGACAUGCUCACUGCCCUCGGCAUGGCGGAUAUUCCCGGAGUCAAGAAGGUGGAUCCCUCUGAUCUCCAGACUGCGCCGAUCGGGUACGGCCGCGGCGGCCCCAGGAGGUACUAGGAAAUGGUGGCCGGUUGCCGGUUUUUCGCCGCCGCAACGGUUUUGAUGUUAUAGUAAAUUGGAUUUUUUUUUUGGAUUAGGAACCAUGUCUAAUUUGCUAUGCUUUUUUUUUUUUUUUUUUUGAGUUUGUUGUGAACUAGUCCUUUAUGGGAAUUUCUGUUCUGGAUUAAGAAUUUAAAGCAUGUCUCUUUAUUUA